AUGAAAACAUUAACGUAUAUAAUUUUUUUGACUUAUGCAUUUUUAAAUGUACUUUUUAACUUGACAUGCAAAAAUAAAGGUCUUAAAAAUGAGUGUAAGUUAAAUAGACUAAAAUGUUUUUCAAGUGCAAAAAAAAAACAUUACAAACGGAAAGUGGUACCAAAUGGGUUUAGCAAGAUAAAUAGAAAGGACCUAUGGGGGACACAUUCCAUGUGCGAAAAAAAAGGGACCUCGAGGAUUUGUUUCUUGAAUCAGUUGAAGAAAAAUUACCCUAAGGUGAUAAGAAGAUGUUACUAUGAUAAGAACCAGGAACGGAAGAAACACCGUCUCUAUAAGGCAAUUUUGCAGGUCAAGAGGACUCCGCUCUACUGGUCAUCUGGGGAUUCCCACGCAGGAAGACACGUGGGCAGAGACACAGACAGACACAGUAACUUCCAUCCGAAGUGUCUGGCGAACCACUUCAGCGAUUACCCCGGAUUCAGCUUCUCAGUGCUGAAAGAGUACCAAGAAAAAAAGAACCAUGGUAGAAUUGGAAUUAUAAAAACCCCGAGAGGAGAAAUAGAAACCCCGAAUUUUUUGUUCUGUGCUACAAAAGGGUGCAUGAAAUCUACACCAAUAGGAUUUAUAAAGAAUUCUAGAACCCAAGUUAUUUUAGCAAACACUUUCCAUUUACUAAUUCAUCCCAAGCCUCAUAUCAUUUUUCAGCUAGGUGGAUUGCACAAAUUUAUGAAUUGGGAUGGUCCUAUUUUGACAGACUCUGGGGGAUACCAACUAUUCAGCAUGGCCUUUGGUUCUGUUUCGGACGAGAUCAAAAGGAAAUCCACUUGUACACGGGAAAAAACACCCAGGGUGGGGAAAAACGUGAGUGGAGUUGACAAAGUUGAUAAAGUUGAUAAAGUUGACAAAGUUGACAAAGUUGAUAAAGUUGACAAAGUUGACAAAGUUGAUAAAGUUGAUAAAGUUGACAAAGUUGACAAAGUUGAUAAAGUUGACAAAGUUGACAAAGUUGACAAAGUUGAUAAAGUUGAUAAAGUUGACAAAGUUGAUAAAGUUACCGAUGCUGACAAAGUUAAAGCAGUAGAAAAGGUAGAAGGCGUGGUAAGCGCGGACGAGGCAGAUAGAGGGGUCCCUCCGAAGUGCAGCAAAGUCAUUUUAAAAAUAAAUGAACAGGGAGCAUUGUAUAAAUCAUACUAUGACGGAUCAGUUGACAUGCUGACACCUGAAAGUUCGAUACAAGCACAAUAUCUUCUAGGUAGUGAUUUUGCAGUUGUGCUAGACGAAUGUACACCAUAUCAUAUAGCAAGAGAAUACACUGAGCGAUCAAUGCAUAGAUCACAUAGGUGGUAUAUUAGAUGUCUGCUAGAAUUUCACAAAGCUAUGAAUAUGCCAAAUUAUCAUGCUUAUCUAAAUGAUUUAUACAAUAAGAAAUAUAAAACUAAAUACAAAUGGGAUGAAAGAAAUAGCAAUAAACAAGCUUUGUAUGGAAUAAUACAAGGAGGUAUAUACAGAGAUUUGAGAAAAAAGAGUUGCCAUGUAGUUUGCAAUAUGCCAUUCUUUGGUUUAUGUAUUGGUGGAUGCCUAGGAAAAGAUAAGAAAAUGAUGUAUAAUGUUAUAGAAAAAACUAUGGAUUUUGUUAGACAUGAGAUACAUUCAUCAUCUCGUGAAAAAAUAGACAAUGAGGAAAGAACAAUAUAUCUGAAUAGAAAUGAUAGCAAUACAUUUUCAAAUGAAAGUUAUGUUAAACGAAAACCUGUACACCUCUUGGGUAUAGGACAAAUUAAGGAUAUUUUUUUUGGAGUGCGACAAGGAAUUGAUACUUUUGAUUGUGUGAUUCCAACGAGGUUAGGAAGACAUGGAUAUUUUUUAUGUAAAGUUGAUACUAUUAAAAGUAUAGAAAAAAAAUUAUGUAGAUUUAUUAAAACUGAAUAUGUGAAAAUAAAAUUACAAAUUUUUAAGUUAGAUAAUACUCCUUUAGAAAAGAAUUGCCCAUGUUACACUUGUUUGAAUCACACGAGGGCGUAUUUACAUCAUCUUUACAAAAUUAAUGAUAAUUUAUUGGGAACUUUACUGACCAUACAUAAUGUCUAUUAUAUGAAUCGAUUAAUGCAGGACGUUCGCUGGGGAAUAAUGCAUGAUCUUUUGGACAAGGUUGAGGCACAGUGGGUUCGAUAG